AGUUGAAGUCUGUACAUUAAUAGUGUAUAAAUUUUCUACUUCAAGAGUUAAAUUAAUCUAUAAUAGGUAUGCUCGAUUUAAUGUAUAUAAAUUAAGUAGUAAAAAAUGUGUUGAUUUCCGUUAAGACCCUGCAGUUCCCGCAAAACACAGCAAGUGGAACCAGCGGGGAAGAAGGCAAGGAAAGCCGAGUAGGAGCAGAAACACAGUUUUCAAGGGAAACCGACAAGGAUGCUCCUAUUUGAUCUUUGGAUUUGAGUUAAAUAAAAUAGUAACAAUUAUGAGUAAUAAUUUUUUACACCAUCAGUGCUAUUUAAACAGUUAUAAUACGUUACUUAUCAUUUACUACUAAAUAUAAUCACCUGCAAUGAUCCUUAAGUGACAUGAUUAUGAUUAUGUAAAUGCUUUUUAAUCGUUAGUGCGUAAAACUAGGUACCUUGUACUUAUUAAUUCCAUUCAUAUUAACAUCACUAGCCCAAUAUGGAAGAAAACACUGGUGCCCAAAUGGCAUCCAAGGCAGGUAAAUACUAGUAAUUGUUUAUGGUUCUACUGAAGAACUUGUACACACUGUUUUACUUUGCCAAAGAUGGUGCAAAGAAUCUGUGACUCAUGUUAAAGUACAUAAUAAAUUUGCUGAUAAUAAUUCACUCUCCGUUAUCUACUGAUGAUUUGCAUGGUAGGGUGUGGAAGUAUAACAGCUCAUCAUGUCAUAUAAAUUACUGACAAAUUGUGUGUAAAGUUUUAAAAUAAAAAACUAUGACUUGUUUAAAAUAUUUGAUGAGUUGAGAUUUCCCAAGUAACGCAGAAGUCGGGCCGGGUUGAUAUUAGAAUAAGACAGGUGUCGGAAUCCUAACUUUGACUCAAGUUUGAUUUUUUGAAUUCUAUAUCAUCCCACAUUAUGCUUCUUCCACUAUACUACUCAUUACUCCCUCUCUAUUGAUGAGGAAAAAGAGAAAAUUAAUCUAUGCUUCUUAAGAAAUAAUGGUGUCACUUAAUUUCAUUCGGUUGGUACUCGUUGCUUUGCUCGUCCUACAUCAGCACUCAUCAGCUCAUGAUCUGUUUGGAAAGCUAAGGAAGAAAGAGUGGCUAGAGUUUACCACUAUUCGAAAAGAUCAUGAUUCUGUUUCUGUGGACGGUAUCAUUGGCUCUAGUGGAGGAAUUAGAAAAAUGCUGGUGUAUCAAUUUUCCGGUAAGGUUGUGAAACAAGAGCAUAUUGCUUAUGGAAGAGCCUCUCACAUGAAUGCAGACCAGGUGGAUAGCCAAAUAUUCGAGAAGAACACACGAAAUUCCCAGGGCACAGUCCACUUUCUAGAUCAACAGAAUCAUGAAAGAAGUAAAAAAGAAGAAUCAAAGGAGUAUGUUUAUGCAGAAGAUGAAGUAGCAAAGCUUAUGAGCAGAGACUAUAGUGAAAGAAGUGGACCUCGCCGCAAGCCGCCCAUCAACAAUCACAAGCUAUCUAAUCACAAAACGACUCUUAUAAUGAUGUCGGAUACGUGCUGUCGGAUCCUCCCAAAAUAG